GUGUAUUACCACUUCUUAAACGGGGGAGGGGGGCUUGGCAAAUGGAAUCUCUUUGUAUGAGUUUGCAGCGAAGUACAAGAAACAAUUCCGAAAACCUUCCAAUGCCCUGAAGUGAUUUGAAGGCGAACAGGACUUCCGAUCAUCAACAAAAACGGUGAUAAUUCCAAUGUAAUAAGAUUUCUGAUUUCUCUAACACUCGGUGAAAUUAAUAGUACGGCCACCAAGUGUCACAGGUCCUGAAUCUGCUGUCUUUGAUCGUGGAGGUGAAGGUCCGUAUUAAAUUUGUUUGAAAUUGAUUUCGAUUUUGGAUGAUUAGUUCGUAUCAAUCAUUUGAAGAACUCAUAUCAGAUAGAUAUAUGUUUUUCGAUUUUGAUUUUCGAGUAUUGUUUGGUGUGUCUAUGUAUAUCUUGGAGUUUGAUGUGAGAAAGCUAAGUUGAUCUCUUGGUGUCGAACUAGUUUUAAAAUUGACUGAGAUGGUUUGAAAUCAAUGGUAUCGGUGUCAAGAAUCGAAGAAUGGAUUUUGAUUUUGAAGGGGGAAGGAUUACUGAUUAAGUGUUUCUUACUUUCUUUGAUCAUUAUUUCACUUCUUUCUAAGGAUCUUGCAAAGGCAAAAACAAUCAGCAACUUGUCUUAACUCAGCAAUGGAUUCUUCUGCAAAAUCAUUCAAUCCAAACAAACAUUUGAAAGAACAAUUUGUGAGCGACCUAACUGGAUCUUCCAUGGUUGAAGUUUUUGUACUUUCAGCAAUAUUUUCUAUGCUUAUUCUCCUGCGACAUACCAUCGGCAUCUACAACAAAAUAGUUGCAUCUCUAGAUGAAAAAACUUCAUCAAAGAAAAAAACAGUUGGCUCAAGGGCUUACAUCAUCAGAAUGAUAGUAGAUUUCCUCUCCAUUGUCCUUCCCAUCACUCUGGUUUCUACAGUUCUAUCAGAAUGGAGUUACACGAUUGGGGUUGUAUUUGUAUUGGUGUUGUUUAUCUAUUUUGCAUAUAAGAGAGAUGGAUGUUGGUAUCAGGAAGAAGGGGUUCAUUCUCUUAGGGAAUGUGUAUCAUCAUACAGGGUUUCAUUGAUGCUUAUCACAUGUGUUUGUAUUUUGGCUGUUGACUUCAACAUAUUCCCUAGAAGAUAUGCUAAAACCGAGACUUAUGGGACCAGUUUGAUGGAUGUUGGGGUAGGUGCAUUUGUUUUUGCAAAUUCAUUGGUUUCACGUCAAGCUCGGGGAAUUUCUACAAUGGGUUUAAACUUAAAAAGUGCACUCUCCUCUACCAGCCCACUACUAGUGCUAGGGUUUGCUAGACUUGUUUUUACAUCUGGUGUUGACUAUCAGGUUCAUGUGGGAGAAUAUGGUGUUUACUGGAACUUCUUCUUCACACUUGCUGGUGUAGCAGUGCUGACAUCACUUGUCAAUGUCUCUCCAAACUAUUGUGGGCUUUUAGGUUCAUUGGUACUAAUAGGCUACCAAAUCUGCCUAAUCAGUGGAUUGAACGUGUAUCUGCUCUCUUCUGAAAGAGGAGCAGACAUCAUCAGUCAAAACAAAGAAGGAAUCUACAGCAUAUUCGGAUAUUGGGGGCUGCAUCUUAUUGGUGUUUGGUUAGGCAACAAUCUUUUGUUUGGGAAGAAUAUGAAAACUAAUGAUUCGGCAAGAAAGAGAGUUUGGAUUCUAUUUCUUUUCUUCUGGUGUUUGACCUUGAUUCUGGACAGUUAUGUUGAAAGACCUUCGCGUAGAAUGUGCAACCUGACAUAUGUCACCUUCGUAUUGGCUACAAACCUACAGACCUUGGGAAUAAUAAUGCUCUCUGGUGGUAAAAAGGUGUCACUACUGGAACAAGCAAUCAACCGAAACUUGCUAGCGGUUUUCAUUGUGGGAAAUUUAUUAACAGGAUUAGUGAAUUUAUGGAUGAAUACCCUGUUUGUGUCUCCAGUCACAGCACUAUUUAUAUUAGUUGCAUAUGGUUUUAUUAUUUGUUGUGUUGCUGGAUUUGCAGAUUAUAAUGGUAUUAAGUUAAAGUUUUGGUAAAGUAGUUGUAAUAAACCAAUUUUCUUUUUGUUGUGUUAACUGUUAACUAUAUAUACCUUGAGGAUUUGAAGCCAAA